AUGAAAGAACCUCUUAGAGCUGCGGCUAUUUUUCUAUUCCUGGCUGUAUCUGGCGGCUUGGUUUUGGGGUUGACAUACUUGCCUUGCUAUGCCACGCUGUGCCCGGAGGAUUACUUCCCACUGGAGACAAGACUACAUUUGGGGGCAUUCUUUGGCUUGCUCGCAAUCACGACCUGCAUGCUUCUCCUGAGGGCCUCGAGCGAGUCUGUACGCUCGCUAAGCGGACGUCACAUUUCACCAAAACUGCCUAUUUUCGGCAAACGAAUAACCUUCGGAGGCCUGACUAUUUCAAUCUCGAUUAUCUUGGCCACGCUUGCGACCGCCGCCUUCUGGCUUCCAGCCCAGCUCGACUUUUGGGGAGAGAGAACAGAUCCACUUGACUGGACUUCUGCUAAAAUCACACUCACAAUCACCGGUGUGACGGGGCAUUACGCCGACAUUCUCCUCGGUUUGUUGAUUAUUCCGGUGUCGCGAAACAGUUUGAUGGGACGAGUGUUUGAGCUGCAUCACAGCACUUUGCUAUAUGCGCAUAAGCUCGUCGCCUACCUAUUCCUGCUCGCUGGGUUGGCACAUGGCGGUGCCUAUGCCGCCUAUGCUCUCGACCCUAGCAGUGAGGGAAGCCACGAGAAAGAGGAGGCAUUCGCCACUGGCAACCCCGGCAUGACCCUCGCCGAAAGCGAAGAACGAAGUACUUGGUAUACAUAUACUACAUAUACUGGCGCGGGCACAAUCGUCUUUAUGAUCGUCAUCACACUCACAGCACUUCCAUACAUACGACGUCGCUUUUAUAAUGUGUUUUACUACUGUCACAUUGUGACAAGUAUCUGCGUUUUUGUGGGAGCAAGCAUCCACGCCAGCACCGAUUUCUACCUGCUUUUGCCAGGUCUAUUCCUGUGGAUUGUUGAUUGGGGAAUGCGCCUCUUUGGAGGAGAUACUAAAGGGUUGCAUUCGUCGCUGGUGGCAACUGGCGAGGACGCUGGUAACGGCUGGUACAGGAUUUCGCUUCCAACCAUGUCAAAGACUGCCUCCGACCAGCACUCUGAUUUGGAAGCGAUUGAGAAAGCUGCGCCACUGUGUUCUCCUCUCGCCUAUUACUACUUAAUCGUCCCCACUAUCAGCAGGAUCCAAAACCAUGCCUUCACCGCAGCCAUCCCCGCGUCAGCCGAUUCCGGCCCAGUCUUUCUCUUCCAACGAGCACAACGCAAGAACGGAAAAGCUCUUAACAAAGAGUGGACCUGGAAGCUAGCGACCAAGCUUUCCGGCUUUGGGAGAGAAUCCGGGCUGAAGGUUCGGGUGGAAGGGCCAUACCAACCUCGUGACGUACGAUUCAAGUCGGCCUCUCACAUCAUUUGUGUGGUCGGCGGCACCGGAAUUACAGGCGCUUGUAGUCUCGCAUUCUGGUGGCUCAAGGCGCGUUCUAUGGAGGCGAAUACCAAGUUCACUCUCAUAUGGACCGUACGAAACCGAGAUAUGGUCAAUAUCAAGGAGUGGCAUGAACUUGGAGACAUUGCUAGGUCAACUUCAAACAUGAAGAUCAUGGCACAUGUCAGCUCUGAAGACGGCAGGCUGGACCCAUCGGUCCAUCUUCGGCAGCAUCUUGGGCUCACUGAGAAGGCUGCUGGCUUAUCUGGAACUGAAGCUACUCAAGGUGCCGGAAAUUCAGCUUGGGUGUACAGCUCAGGGCCUGACAGUCUUAUUCAAGCUACAGAAACCGCAUGCGUCGAGGCAAGACGGGAGAUGAAAGCUUUGGCUAAGACUGUAGGCAAUGAGCCAGCGCAGACACAGAAACUAGAUUGGUACAUUGCCAAAUGGGAGGUUUAG